UCCAACCCCCUUCUUUUGCUUUUCCCUGUUUCUAUUUCUGGUUCUUGCGUCUCUCUCUCUCUCUCUUUCUCUCCGCAAUGGAGCACUGUUAGGAAAAUUGACAAAAGGGUUCCUUGCUUUGUGGGUUUUCUUGAAAUCUGUAAAUGCCUUCACCCAUCACUUCAGGCCACAACAACCCAGGUCAGAUGGAUACGAAUUCUGUAAGGUGUGUCGUUAACAGCAUUUCUAGAUUCAUUCAUCUAGUUUCAUGCCAGAUAAUGAAUACUAUGCCUGCCCAAAAGAGUUUUAGAAAGAUAGCCAGCUUGUUGAAGCUUUUGAAACCGGUGCUUGAUGAUGUUGUUGAUCAUAAAGUACCUUCAGACGAAGCCCUAUACCAAGAGUGCGAAGGACUGGAUUUAGCUGUUAACGAGGCUAGGGAGUUCAUGGAGGGUUGGUCUUCGAAGAUGAGCAAGAUUUAUAGCGUUCUAAAGAGUGAACUGAUGGUAAUGAAAAUGCAAAGCUCUUCACUUGAGAUUUGUCAGAUUGUAUGUAGAUUGUUGCAGUCAUCACCCUCUACUUCAAGUUUUACUGCUGUUCAGCACUGCAUGCAGGAACUUCGAUGUCUAAAGCUGGAAAAAGUUUCAGAAUGCAUAAUAGAGGCUAUAAAAAGUCGGAGAGAAGGAAUGGUUCCUCCAUCUGAAUAUCUAAUAGAGAUAAUCGACUCCUUUAGUCUGACGUCCAACAAGGAACUGCUGAAUGAGAGCAUUGCCUUGGAAAAGGAGAGAAUGGCAGCCCAAGUACAUAAAGCCAUAGGGGAAGUAGACCAAAUCAACGACAUCAUUGACCUCAUGUCCCAUAUUCGUGAUUUCAUGGUUAAACUAGAGAACUUUAAAGCCGUGAAUGGUGUAAGUAUCCCUUCAUACUUCCGCUGCCCUUUAUCCUUGGAACUUAUGUUGGAUCCAGUGAUUUUGGCUUCCGGCCAAACUUACGAUCAGGCAUCCAUCAAGAAAUGGCUGGAUAACGGGAUCUCGAGAUGCCCCAAAACCCGUCAAAAGCUCUCUCACACAAAUAUCAUUACCAAUUACACUGUCAAAGCUCUGAUAGAAAAUUGGUGUGAAGAAAACCAUUUAAAACUCUCCAACACCCCAGAGCGCAACAAUCCAGUCGCGUCCCAGUCUGAAAAUGCAACUUCUUGUCAAGAUCUUAUUUGCAUAGACAGUUUCCGUUGUUCCUCACAAAGUAAUGAUUCCAUAUCAAGAUCCUCCCUUGAGGUUGGAAAUGAGUUUCAGAAGCCAAAAAAUGACACCUCCUCAAGAUUUAGCGAGGAAGAACCAAAUGAAUGCGGUGGCAGGGAAACGGAAAACUUAGAACAUUCAUCCACUGAUCAGUCAUAUGUUCACAGCAGGAGUGAAUCAGCCUCGAGUGCCGUCUCUAGCAUCGAGUUGUCAGGUGAAAUAAUCUCCGAGUGUGCCUCUUCUUCUCCUUUGAAUAAAAAUUCAGAAUUUUCUCCUCCCAAGUUAUCGGACAAGAGACAAUAUCAUAGUUCCAAGACCAUUGCUGAAGUAUCCGGAAAUGGAAACAGUAACUACCCAAGAACGCUUUCGCUUCAAUCGCCCAAGUCAGGGGGUGAUGAUUUAACCACACCUUCUCAGGUUGAGAAACUCAUCGAAGAUCUACGGAGCCAAUCAAAUGAGGUGCAAACUUCCGCUGCAGCACAAUUGAGGUUUCUCGCGAAACACAACACAGAGAAUCGCAUCAUCAUAGGGCGUUCUGGAGCGAUUGCAUCAUUGCUCUCGCUUUUAUACUCAGAAGUGGAACUAACUCAAGAGCAUGCAGUGACUGCGCUUCUGAACCUAUCAAUUAACGAAAACAUCAAGGCCAAGAUUGCGGAAUCCGGAGCGAUAGACCCACUAAUCCACGUUCUGAGAACAGGAAAUGGUGGGGCCAAAGAGAAUGCUGCGGCGGCUUUGUUCAGUCUUUCUGUUUUGGAAGAAUACAGGGUAAAGAUUGGCCGUUCUAGUGCAGUUAAGGCCUUGGUUGAUCUUCUUCACACAGGAACCCUCAGAGGGAAGAAGGACGCCGCUACUGCUUUGUUUAACCUAUCGAUCUUUCAUGAGAAUAAGGCCCGUAUCGUUCAAGCAGGAGCUGUGAAGUAUCUUGUUGAAUUAAUGGACCCCACAGCAGAAAUGAUAGACAAGGCCGUUGCUCUUCUUGCAAAUUUGUCCACAAUUGCGGAAGGGUGCAUGGCAAUUGUGAGAGCCGAGGGAAUACCGAUCCUUGUUGAGCUUAUAGAGACAGGGUCUCAGCGGGGAAAGGAGAAUGCUGCCUCCAUACUUUUCCAACUGUGCAUUAAUAGUACCAAGUUUUGUUGUCUGGUUUUGCAAGAAGGAGCUGUUCCACCUCUUGUUGCAUUAUCUCAGUCUGGCACCCCAAGAGCAAAGGAGAAGGCACAACAGCUUCUCAGUCACUUUCGAAACCAGCGUGAAGGGCCAAUGGGUAAAGUAAGAUAAUGUGCAGAGGCUGUAUUUAUCAAUUACCGCCACUCCUUUGGUAUCCAACUCGAUGUAAGUUGCCUGCUUGCUCCUCCUUGUGAUUUCCCUUUACUAUCACUCUUCACGAUAUUUGUUACUUGUUUUUAAAUCUCCAUACGUCGUGCAUGAGAUUUUAUGACAUGCGAAUGGAACUAGAUUUGUUCAUUUUGGCUAGCUUCUUGUACAUCUCCUAGUUGGCCAAAGAUGACAAAUGAGUGCAGUUUUGUUGCAAGUGUAGUGGUGUGUUUUUCAUUUAAUAUUGUUGCAGAUACGUUUGGGCAGUACAUAUGUUAAUGUUUAGACUAAUGAAAAUUUUCUGUCUCGUA